AGUAGCGCCACAUUUGCUUCGUAUCUCUCUCGCUCUUUGACCAUUUUCAUUUCAUUUUUCUGGUGUGUACGGGACGCCAUGUUCAUAUAAAGAAGCGAGACAAAAAAUUAUUUAUAAGUGCGAUAUUUGUGUGAAAAUCGGGAAAAAGCUCUUCCUGACCUCCACUUCCCCUUGUUAUGGAGGAUUUGACCAAAACCAUCAUGUUUACGACAAAUACGAUUCAGAACACAACCCCAACCACCAUCCAAUACCAAGCAGCAGAUCCAAAUAUCAAGCAGCCCAAAAUUGAAGGACAGAAAACGACGCAGCAACAAGAAUUUCCAACAUUUUGCUACACUAAUGCACAUGCCAGCACGGUCAAUUUGGCCCAGUUGUCCGAGGACAACAAGGCCUGCUACAUCGCUCAGCCCUUUGGGUACAACUAUGCAUUAGUGAAUCAAUUUGCCCAGAAUGGCAUCACGGGAAUCACCGUAGAUGGGCGUCAACUGGUGGUCAACAAACCAAUAACGCAGAAUACAGUAUCAAACAUCAGUUUCAAAUGCGAUGUUUGCGGUGUUAUGUUUGCCCAUUUGACCCAUUUGAAUCAGCACAAGAGGAUUCACAAUCAGGAUGGCACAGAUAAUACCAAUGAUGCGAUAACAGUUGUCGCUCAGGCUCAGAAUCUCGUUCAGGCACAGAAUCUUGUGACUGAAAGUGGGCAGACACUGGGUCAAAUUCAAAUUGUGGCCACUGAGGCUCUCGAGCCGGCCACUUCUCAAGCCAUUCAACAUGUUAAUGUGUCAUCGGGAGGAGAGGUGACCAUUGCCAAGCCAAUGAAUGUGGAUAAAGGGCAGAAAUGUAUCACUUGCGGGGGAACAAUUGUGCAGAAUCCGAAGAGGAAGGGACCGAAACUUAUUCGCUGUGAGAAUUGUAUUAACAAUGACAAUCCUGCUCAUAUUGUUCCACGGCCUACCCAAAUAUUUGUGGCUCCCGAUGGGGAUGUUAAAUUUGAAAUGACGGACAUUACAACGUCGCAGGCGGAAUCAAUGGAAUCUCUAGGUGGCCAAACUGUUAUUCCCGUUGCGACAACUUCCUCAGUGCAGCAGCAACAUAUUCAGCAACAGCAGCAGCAGCAACAGCAACAACAGCAGCAGCAGCAACAGCAGCAGCAGCAACAACAGCAGCAACAGCAUCAACAUCAACAUCAGCAGCCGCAGCAGAAACACGCAGUUGGACAUCAUCCAGUGAAGAAGCGCAACACAGCAGCUGUGACAAAGUGUCACAAAUGCAACGGGUCCGGAUUGAUCUACAUUGGUGGCCAGAAAAGACAGCAACAACAAGAAAAUGAGAAACCCUUCCACUGCAACAUCUGCGGCGGAACGUUCUCGAGGUACUCCAGCCUGUGGUCACACAGAAAAUUGCACAGUGGCGAAAAGAAUUACAAGUGCACCGUGUGUGGAUUGGCUUUUGCCAAGGCGGUUUACUUAAAGAACCACUCGAGGAUACACACGGGCGAAAAGCCAUAUCGAUGUAACACAUGCGGCAUGCAGUUCUCCCAGUCGCCCCACCUCAAGAACCACGAACGCACCCACAGCGGAGAAAAGCCAUAUGUUUGUGAGGUGUGUGACAAAGGAUUUGCACGACAUGCAACACUGUGGAAUCAUCGGAGGAUCCAUACGGGUGAGAAGCCCUACAAGUGUGACAUCUGCGGAUCUGCUUUCAGCCAAGCAGCUCACUUGAAGAAUCACGCAAAGGUCCAUUCGGGAGAAAAACCAUUCAAGUGCGAUAUCUGCUCAGCUGCUUUCGCUGACAGAUUUGCUCUCAAACGGCAUCGCAACAUUCAUGAGAAAUACGGACAAACAGCUCCGCGACAACCGGCGAAUUCUGGGCAGAAUUCUCAGUCACAACAGCAAAAUGCCCAGAACCUCCAACCGAUCCAGAAGGAGGAAAUGCCCGAGAUGGACGAUGAUGAUGGCGGAAAGAUUCACAAUGAAGUCAUAAUUUCGGGUUUGUAAACCUUUAAAAAAAACUAAGACAUUUCUAAAGUGAGACCAUGAAGAAAAAGAUAGUCGGAUGGAAUUAUACCAAUUUAUUUCGUGGACGAUAUUCUUGCUGGACAACAGAAUCCAAACAAAAAAGUGGAUGAAGAAGGAAAAACUUGUCUCUAAAAAAAAGUAAGUUUAGGAAUUAAGAAAAAAAAAGAUUAACUAAUAUACAAAAAAAAAGAACUAGAAUGAUGAAAAAGUAAAAAAAGUAAAACGUAAAAAAAUUAAAAGAUAAAUUUAUUUGUCUGUAGGUAAAAAGCAGUAACAUUAGAAAGUUGAUUGAAAAAUAUUUCUGAAAUGUAUAUAUUAGUUAUAGAAAUAUUCUAAGUUGUUUAUUUUGUCUUUUUUUUUUGAAAAUAAGUAUAAUAGAGAAGAAAAAAAAAGAAAUGUUUCGUGAUAACGAUGAUAUCAUAAAGAGAAACAUUUUAUUUUGACGAUACCAUUAAACACAAUAUCAUAAAGUCCCUAUUGAAAAUAAAAGAAAAACCUUAAAUUUGAAGUAAAAGAAAAAGAAAUGAACUAGAAUUAUUCAGACACUAAUAUUAAAAAAAAAAAAGAUAAUGCAAAGUGAAAAUGAAUCACAGUCGUUAGAAUGAGUCAAUAUUAAUAGUGAAGACAAAAGAAUCAAAUUCCAAAUUAAUUGGAUUUUUUCAAAUAAUCCUCUCAAUAUUUAUUUAUUUUUAAAUGAUAUUUUUUCUCUGUUCAUUUUUUUUUUGAGUAAUGAGUUGAACGAUAUUUUUACCAUUUCUCUUUAAAUUAAAAAAAAAGAAAAAUAAAUUAAUGAAUUACAAACUCUUUUGGAUUUUUUUAACAAAGGCAAAAACAAUUUUCUUUGAAGCUGAAUUUAAGAAAUUAUUUGCUCUUUUUUUGUUUGUAAAUUUCAUGUUUUAGGUAAAAAAAAAAACAAAAAUAAAAGCAAGGAGAAGUGUUUGAAGCAUUUUCUCCGAUUGAGACGCUUUUUAUUACAAAAUUAUGUAAAACAAUGAACACAACUUACAUUACUCUGUACUAAUUAUUAUAAAAAUAAAUAGAAUCAUAAAGUCAAA